AUGCCUUUUUACAUCACGGUGAGAGUAACAGGAACCGUGAAGAAAACCCCCCAAAAAGUCCUUAACAGGACUAAACUGGCCAGUUCGGAAAAAAAUAGGACCUUCAGAGCAGGGCCGGACACAGAUGCUAUUGCCCUCAAGUGUUUUGGUUCAGCAUCUACUUGGUGCAACACGCUGUUAAACACAGAUGGGAAUCACAGAGCCGAAGCAACGACGUCCAAAGUGGACACGCUCACAGGGGAAGAAAUAACAGUCCAGUUCAACAACAACGACCGUCAACUCUCGGUCUUCUGGGGAUUGCCCCCUCGCCCGGCCCUGCGGGAGCCGGAUGAGAAUUAUAAGAAUUCAAUGCUUUCAGCUCCCAAAGAAGAUAAUAAUUUUUCUCCUGUGGAACGUUUGGCCGAAGAGUCAUCUCAGCAUCCAGGAGGCCGCACUGUUUUCACAUCCCUCCACUGGCUGUGCGCGUUUCCUAGCGUGAUCCACGUGUCCCAUUACAAAAUCUUGAAGGACCGUUCGGCGGUAAAUGAGAAGAGUCCGCCAUCUACGCAAACCCCCUUGAGCAAACUGCCCUCAGAGGAUCCCCUCCCCGAGAACAAUGACCUUUCCAGUUGCAGGAACACUCUCACUGGCGCACCCCAAGAAAAACCAGAUUCAGCUCAUGAGGUUGGUAAAAAAAAGGAGAAAAUCUUUCCAAGUUCAAAUCCAUCCCCUUCGAUUGACGUUCGAGGGAUGGAUUUACCUGACCAGAAUAUCAAGCAAGAAUGCUCAAAAGUCCGCCCAACACCAUAUCCAGGUCUCUUUAUUGACGAGGAAAUGAUUUUCAAGAGUAACAUGGCAGGGUAUCAGAAGUGGCUACCUUUUAUGAAAACCUUCUUGAUCCAAAUCCAGGGAUACGUGAUGAUGGAUCCCGCCCCAGAAUCCCAACAAAACCAUUUCAGGGAGCCUGUGGCUUUUCCGAGCAUUCCGGAAGUCUGUGAGAACAAAGUGGAAUCAGACACGUUUAAAGAGAGAUUUUGUGGACAACCACAAAAAGAGCCGUCUAUUUUACCGACUACAUCAAAAUCCACGAAGGCUGCAGAUCUGAAGCAAGCUGAUACUCUGUCAGCCUCAGAAUUUAAGGUGCCAGAAAAAAUAAGCCGUAUAGUUAGAAAUAAAGAGCGCAACAAAACAGGUCAGCGGGGGAGAGAGAAGAACACGGCAAAGGAAGUAAAUCGGCUUAAGGAGAACCAAGAAAAAGGGUUGGAAAAUCGGUCUCUGGGCAUUAAACAGACACAUCCAGCUCAUGCAAAUGAACCCCCGAAGAACAUAAAUUAUCCAAAGAAGUUGGAGAGUACCGUCAUUUACGUUGAAAUAAAAGCAUCAGCCAGCCAAUGUGACGCAUACGCUCUCCUAGAGGCAUCGGCCACCCCGCUCAUGAGAGAGCUCACAGACCUCGCUGUCCUGUCUGAAGAAAACGGGAAUUUCGCCACCGUCACCUUUGACCAAGUCAGAGUUUUCCUACAGCUGCAGGAGAAGAAAGUCAAUGCUAAUUUACAGCAAAAUAGACAAGAUGAAAAAGAAAAGAUGUUACUGAAACUGGUGGCCCUGCUGAAUUUUCUGGUAACAGUUCGAGAUAUCCUGCUAAUCUGUAACUUGUAUUCGGCAUUAGAAUAUAUAUCCACGAUCAAAAGUGCCUUCAAGAGAGUUUUAGGUUCCCCUUUGGAAGACAUCUGCCGUAAGCUGGAGAUUGUGCAGUUUAUCAAGAAGAAAAAGCCCGAAGCCAACCACAAGAUUAAAGAAUUGGAACUGCAGCUGUUAAAGUGGAUUCGGAGCAUUAAUACGCAAAAUAAAUUUAAGGUACUGAUAAUAUCGAGACUGAAAUCACAGGAUGAAACUUAUGUCCUUUAUAAUUGCCUUAGAGGAAUAGGUUUAAGUGUUCUCGUUUGGGCGACUGAAAGCACUUUCCUGGAGUUAAAUCUCUUAGAUUGUUUGAGAAAAUGUUCCUGCCUUCUCGUGUGCAGCACGCACAUUGGAAAUGACUUCCCCUGGACUCAUUUCUCAUUUGUGAUCGAAUACAACUAUUCAGAGAAGUUUAACUUUUCCGAGUUGUGCAGAUGCCUGAAAAUCAAUUACAUGGCCUUCAGGUGCACUCUCCCCGACUCCAUUUUACAGAAAAGCGUGACUCUGAACGUUUUCAGCGGCUUUCUCCUGGAGAUCCAGGUUCCCUACGUGUUCCUGUUUAUGAAGUCGAAAGGGUGGAACACCGUGCCGGAAGUUCUUCGGGUCUUAGAGGCCAACUAUGAUAUCACUUUAUGGGAGAGACCUUGCAGCGAAGCGUUACAGUGCCUCGAAACUCCAGAUCGCUACGUGCUGGUGACCGUCGACGUGGACACCGCCAUAAUCCUUCAGGACAUGGAGGAAUUAAAUUGUCCGGGGGCCCCGGAUAACAUCAUGUUGAAAGUGAUAGCUCUAUCGGUUCAGUACACCAACUUCUGGAUCAUUUUCUAUCCCAAAGAGAAACAGCAUUCAGGGUUCUGCCUCUCAGAAAAUAUUCUCCGCCACCUAGCAGUCCUUCAUGCAUCUUUGGUUUCACCCUGGAUGAAAACUGAAGAAGUGGAAGUGAAGCUUGUUCUUGUGCCGGAAGCGAAAGAAGCGGCCACACUGACUCGUCAGAUUGCUGACCAGAUUCUGACAACCUCUUCGAGGAGCGUUUUCGAGUUUCUGGACAAAUCCUGGCUCUCCCCUUCACUAAGUAAGGAGGAAGAAUUCCUGCUUAGUUUUCCAUGCGUCAAUCCCUUGGUGGCUCAGAUGAUGCUGUAUCAGGCUCCGUCACUGUACCGGCUGGUGAAAGCAUCCUUAAGGCAACUUGAACAGCUCCUGCCUGAAGUUCCACCGAAGGUAUUACAGCUGUUCAAGGCCAUCACCUCGACGUACAAUUUUGCGCCGCUACACCUAGCGGGAUCGCCGUACCUCCCGGCCUCCCGCGGCCGAGACUUGGGAUAACCACAUUUCCAGCUGCUCAGAAGAGGACGCCUCCCAUAGCCGUAAAAGUUCCCGGGAAAUCCAAAUCGUGGUCUUCUGAAACCAGACUCGCAGAAGAACAGAAGUUAUGUUUCGGAAAGCCAGACGUUAAGGAAAACCUCACCGAUGUUUAUUAAUGUGUAUUGCUUAGGAUUUGGGGGUGCGUUUUAGAUAGAAUUAGUUUUAGAAGCAGUUACGCAAAAUGUUCUGAAUAGGUUAGAAAAAUGUCCAGAAGGGAAUGUUCUGUCCCCUGUUGUUUGUAAUCAUUUAAAUGUGAGUGAUUGUUGAGUAAUUUUCUUCAGCCUCAGUGAGUUGUUUAGAAUUGGGCUAAAUACAGCCGAUGGAGUAACUUUCCAAGGACACAAGUCUAUCUAGGAACCCAGCAUACUAGGCCUGAGCCACCUAAACUCGUUAGAGCCGGAAAGUGAGGAAUGCCAUUCCCAUCUCUCCUGUUGGAAAGAGCCCGGGCUUGGGAGUCCGAGGCUCUGAGUUCUAAUCCCGACCUUGGGCUCACUGUCUGGAAUCCUCCUACGCAUCUCAGAAGGCACCCUCAGAGAGGAGCAAAUUGGGAAAUACGGCAGAAUAUUCCAACGCAGAAGUGAGGAGUGCCCUCAAA